AUGAUGCACUAUACAUUUGCCCCAAUUGCUACCUGUGUCUACGUGCCAGUGUACCACGUGGUUCCCGUCAUCCCAGUGCACAAUCCGGUGCCCGUUUUUGAGCCGGUAAACGAGAAGCUUCUGCUUAAUGCGGAACAACUUUUCAAUUUCGGAUUUCCAUGUGUAGUGUUUGGAAAUGUAGUCAUUAAAGAGAACGAGUUUCAGAGAAACCGAAACAUGUUCUACGCGCAAAAUGGUAAGUUUCAAACAAGAUUUCCAAUCGUUUCUAUUCAAUAUCUCGUUUUCAGAUCGAAUCCGAGUGUGCACGCGUUGCCAGUACGCCUAUCAAGUUGCGAGCGACGGACAUCAGAGACGAGCCGAUUCGAUUGUUUGCAUGAGUAGAAACGGUGAGUUCAACUACCAUAUUACAGAUCAGCAACCGGAGGAAAAACUGAAAAUGUUCGUGAGGGCACCGAAAGUGAGCCUCCACAAUGAGCAUCAGUCCGAUCGGUUGUUCGCCAUCGACGUGGAGAUGGUUUACACGAGCAGAGGACAGGAGGUAGGUCGGGUGACUAUGGUGGAUCAGAGCGGGAAGGUGCUGGUGGACACGCUCGUGAAGCCACAAGAUCCCGUGUUCGAUCCGGUCACAGAGUUCUCCGGGCUCACGCUGGAGGACAUGGAAAAGGCCACUUUGUCUUUGGACUGUGCCCGUCAGAUGCUCUUUCAGUACCUCAACGAGAAGAGCGUUCUGGUGGGCCACGGGCUGAACGGGGACCUCAAAGCACUCGGGAUAAUCCAUUCCAGAAUCAUCGACUCUUCGAUCCUCUACGCCCACACGAACCGUCGACCGGCACUUCGCAACUUGACCGAUCAACUGCUGGGGUACCAGAUUCAGAAUGGAUUCGGACAUUGCUCGGAAGAGGACGCGUUGGCGUCACUGGAUCUCGUCUACUUUGCUCUUCGGAACCCUCAACACUUGGCGCCGGCGUUUGCGAAGAAAUUGAUCUGUUAA